AUGAGGUCCGCGUGGAGGGUUCUGCUCCAUCGGGGAGGCGUCUCAUCACCGGCGGGCUUGGCUCGCGAGCGUCUUCCAUCUUUCCAGGUGCGGCCGCCCUUCCCCUCGAACCUUAGUUUCUUGAUCGGUUUCCUAGCUCGGGGGGGUGCGGGAGGUUCGAUUGCUCGUGGUUUCUCGUCGGAGACGGCCGCCGUCGACGUGAAUGGUGUGGAUCAUUCUCUACUGAUCGAGAUCUUCUCCGGCGGGAGCGUUCCCGAGGAUGUUAAGGCGCAGUUGGAGUCUGCCGGGAUCAGGAUGGACCACGGCUACUUGAACUCUGUGCUCCGGAAUCUUGAUGGGAGUCCUAAUGUCGCCCGGCGUCUCUUUAACUGGGUUGCGGAGAUGGAAAGCAAGCUCCUGAGCUCCAAGUCGUACAAUCUGAUGCUCGGAAUCCUGGGCGCGGAGGGCAAAACGACGGAGUUCUGGGAGAUGCUCGACAUGAUGAAGAAAAAAGGGUACGGUCUAUCUAAGAAUGCGUUCUUGAAGGCUUCCAAGGGUUUCGAUGAGAAGGGAAUGGAUAAGGAUCUUGGCCUGCUGAAGGAAAUGUAUGAGUCGAACUCCCCAGAAAAUUACAUCCCACGGAUGUCAUCGAGGGUAUGCAAGAUCCUGAGGGAAGGAGAUGAAUUGGGGAACGAAGUUUGGAAGGAACUGAAAGCUUUGGAUGCUAACUUAUCGCCCGAUUUGGUUGCCGUUGUCUUAGACAAGCUAUCAAGUCAUCCAGCAAAAGCGCUCUUGUUCUUCCGAUGGGUUGUUGAUAAUUCAUCUUUCAGAGCAGAGCGUAGGACUUACAAUGCCAUGGCUAGGGUUUUGGGCAGAGAAGACUGCUUAGAGGACUUCUGGGCAGUGCUGAAGGAAAUGAGGGACUGUGGACAUGAAUUGGAUUAUGAGACUUACUCGAAAGUCUCCAAACAAUUUCUCACGAGAAGAAUGACAAAGGAAGCAGUGGAUUUAUAUGAAUUUGCCAUGGCUGGUGAAGAGAAACCUUCACCCGGCGACUUCAUGUACCUCUUAAGGAAGGUUGUUGUGAGCAGGGAGCUGGAACUAGCCCUGGUUUCAAGAACAGUGAGGGUUUUCAAAGAGGCAGGAUAUCCUGUGAAAGAUUCAAUCUUUAGUGGGGUACUCAAAUCGCUGGCCAGCGCCGGUAGGCUGGGAGACUGCGGUAACCUGGUAAAGGCCAUGGAAGAAGGUGGGUUUUCUGCUAGUAGCACAGCGAACGAUUGGGUUGCCAUUGGAUUGUGUACUGCUAGAAGGCCAGAUGAAGCCACAAAGUUCGUGCUGGAAAUGGAAAGAUCAGGAUGCAAGUUUAGUCCAAAGACAUGGGCAUUUCUAAUUCAGAGCUACUCUUUGGGCGGCUCAACAGAGAAAGCUCUCUCUUGUUUCCAACAAAUCGUCGAAAGAAAUGGUUGCGAGAGAGCUGGGUGUGCUUUCGAGGCGCUGGUGACUGCAUACCUUCGAAAGAACAAGGCUGUAGAUGCUUACAGAGCUCUCGCCGCCAUGGCUGACAAGAACCAGCUGCAGCCAUGGCAGACCACAUAUAAGUUAUUGAUUGAGAGGCUACUCAGCGAGGGCAAGCUCAAAGAGGCUUCCAGUCUUCUGGGAUUGAUGAAGACCCACGGGUACCCUCCUUUUACAGACCCUUUCUUCGGGUACAUCUCGAGGUUUGGGAGCGGGGAAGAUGCCAUGGUGUUUCUAAAGGCCAUGACAGUGAAGAACUUCCCUUCCAUUUCGGUGUUCAUACGGACACUCGAAGCUGUUCUCAAGGCAGGGAGGAAGGAAGUGGCGGACGAUCUUCUUUCCAAGACUCCGGGAUACGUUCGUAACCAUGCUGACGUCUUGGGCCUCGUCUUCUCCUUCAAAUCCUCCACGGAAACCCCCACUCCAGAGCCUGUGCCCAUCUGA